AUGGCGUCUGGAUCAUCGGGUCGGGCCAACCCAAGCACACAGGGCUUCGAUUUCGUGUCGGACGACAUUCUCUGCUCGUACGAGGACUACGGCAACCAGGACUCCUCCAAUGGCAACCACAGUGACCCAGUGAUGGGAAAUAAUCCCAGCAAGGUACUUUUACUGCUUUCAUCUAUGGACGUUAUUGUGAGGCUUUGGUUCUGGAGGUUGCACGCGAGCAUGAGUGGGUUUUAG